AAUUCACUUGUUGUAUUUACGCCAUGCAGAAACAAUUGGUUUUAGUUUUAAUUCUCCUGGUCAGCACCGUUUUUGCCGCUCAGAUUUUAAAAAGGACAAAGGAUAAAACAACGAGUAAACUAAUUAAGGACCAUGGGUAUCCGGCGGAGGAUCAUCGUAUAGAAACCGAGGAUGGCAAUGUGCUUCAAGCCUUUCGAAUUCCGUAUUCGCACAAGUUACAAAAUCAAAACAAGACACGUCCAAUUGUAUUGUUACAACAUGGUCUGAUGAGUUCCUCGGAUAUCUGGGUGCUUUCUGGACCCGAUAAUGCUUUAGCCUAUUUGCUGGCAGAUUCGGGCUUCGAUGUAUGGAUCGGAAAUAAUCGAGGUAAUGAAUACUCACUGGAAUUGAAGGAACCUUCUUGGAAUUUCAGUUGGCAUGAGAUUGGCUUGUAUGAUAUAUCAGCAAUGAUCGAUUAUGCACUUAAAACAAAUGGACAGGGACAGAAAUCGAUUCACUAUGUGGGUCACUCUCAAGGUACCACUGUAUUCUUUACAUUAAUGUCCCUGCGUCCCGAGUACAAUCAGAAGAUUAAAACUUCCCAUAUGCUGUCUCCCGUUGCGAUUAUGAAAAAUACCAAAAAUGAGUGUGUUGUCAGUGCGGCCAACUUUUAUACUGCUGAUGGAAUGCUUACAUCGUUUAAUAGAGACACUAAGUUCCUGAAUAUUUUCCGUUCUAAAUCGAAUACAUUUAAUGAAAGAUGUGUUUUUCUUAUGGACUGUUAUAAUAUGGAUAAAAAACUACACUCCGAGCAUGCGAAUAAGACUGCCAUCAAAGAGGCCGAUAAAAUAUCUGCAGACGGUUCCUGGAAUCAAGUCCUUCACUAUUUAUUCAAUCACAAAUCGGGGUAUUUUCGACAAUUCGACUACGACUCUAAGAAGAAUCUGGAAGUGUAUAAAUCGAAACAGCCUCCGGAGUAUCCAGUUGAAAAGAUAACCUCCGAAGUUCAUUUGUGGUAUGUGGAUAAUGAUGAUCUUGUUGAUCCGGUUGAUGUCUUGGCUUUAGCGGAUCGUCUUCCCAAUAAAGUAUUGCAUCAUAUUCAGGAACCUAUAUUUGGACAUGCUGAUUAUACUAUACACAACGAUAUUCGGAAAUAUGUCAAUGAUCCUGUCAUUAAUAUUAUGCACAAGUACGAACUAGAUAAAGAAAAAUAAAUAAAUAUCUUUUCACUUACUUCAA